GGAAGCGCUUUCUUUCACAAUUUCUUUUCAUUGUUCAUUGCGGAUAUCUGUAAGUCCUCCAGGUCCCCUGAAUGUAGUAGACGCUUCCGCAGCCGUCUCUUACCCCUUUUGCCACAAAAUGCUUCAAAAUUGCCUUUUUUCCUCGCCGCCAGCCCAGGCGGAACGCCUAAGUCCGGGUCAGUCUCGUCAGUCGGCCGGGGCUGGCGCGGUGCAUAGUGGGCACUGUAGUUCCCGCCGCGUUUAUGGCCGCGUUAAGCCUGAGUGCCGCGUUGAGUUGUUGAAUGAAGUGAACUUCGUUUGUCAGCGAUAGGUUCAUGAACUGGAAUGUAAGAGGCACCAGAGGAUUCCUGCUCUGUCCCCUGGUUUGCGGCUUGCGACGUUGGACAUCCCCGGAUUGUUGUUUAAUAGAGAAAACUCACCUGCCUUCUUGCUAUUAAGUAACCCCAAAAGCAGAACUUUGAUUUGUCUGUAAGGAAGAAACACAAAUCUUCUUUUAAAAAGCUGCACUUCGACUCUCCACUGCCGACCACCAAUCCCUUUAACUUUGCUAUAGAAGAGGGUUUUUUUCCAACAUCUCUCUCACUAUCUGGUGCUGAUCUCACUGCAUAAUGACUUUCUAUUUGUUUGGUAUUCGAAGCUUUCCUAAGCUUUGGAAGAGCAACCCAUACCUUGGGCUAGGCCCAGGGCACUCUUAUGUCUCUCUCUUUCUUUCAGACAGCUGUGGCAUCAGGAGCCAACAGAGGUUGUUUUCUCUUAAAACAAUGUCUCCACAGAAUACCAAAGCAACGAAUCUGAUUGCCAAGGCCAGAUAUCUCAGGAAAGAGGAGGGCAGUAAUAAGCAAGUUUCUUCUGUUCCUCAUUUUUUUUCAGCUGGAGCAGCUAAGAAGAGAUCACAGAUGAAUCCUCAAAGUAAAGAUCAUGCCUUGCCAUCUGUGAGGAACACUAUUCAACUCCCAACACAACCUUUGAAUUCAGAGGAGUGGGAUAAACUUAAGGCGGAUUUCAAAGGAAAGACCAGUUUUGAAAGAUUCAUCAUUUCACAGAUGGCUCACUCUCAUAGCUCUGUAGAUGUGGCUAAAUCUCUGCUGGCAUGGGUAGCAGCAAAAAAUAAUGGUAUCGUAAGUUAUGAUUUACUGGUCGGGUAUUUGUAUCUCUGUGUCUUUCAUAUGCAGACAUCUGAAGUUAUUGAUGUCUUUGAAAUUAUGAAAACCAGAUAUAAGACUUUAGAACCUGGAGGUUACAGUCUUCUCAUCCAGGGACUGAUCCAUUCAGACAGAUGGAGAGAAUCAUUGUUGCUGUUAGAGGACAUCAAAAAAGUUAUCACUCCUUCUAAAAAGAACUAUAAUGACUGUAUCCAGGGAGCUCUCCUUCAUCAAGAUAUAAACACAGCUUGGAAUUUGUAUCAGGAAUUGCUAGGUCAUGAUUUUGUUCCUAUGUUGGAAACUUUAAAAGCUUUCUUUGAUUUUGGAAAAGACAUAAAGGAUGAUAAUUAUUCAAAUAAACUACUAGAUAUUCUUUCAUAUCUAAGAAAUAAUCAGCUGUAUCCAGGGGAAUCAUUUGCACACAGUAUAAAAACAUGGUUUGAGAGUGUUCCUGGAAAACAAUGGAAAGGACAAUUCACCACAGUCCAAAAAAGUGGCCAGUGUUUGGGCUGUGGAAAAACCAUAGAGUCUAUUCAGCUGAGUCCAGAAGAAUAUGAAUUUCUUAAGGGAAGAAUCAUGAGGGAUGUGAUAGAUGGAGGUGACCAGUACAAAAAGACAACGCCUCAGGAACUUAAGAGAUUUGAGAACUUCGUAAAAUCUUGUCCUCCUUUUGAUAUUGUCAUUGAUGGCCUCAACGUUGCCAAAAUGUUUCCUAAAGCUCGUGAAUCUCAAGUUCUCUUGAAUGUCGUCUCUCAACUAGCCAAACAGAAUCUGCGACUGCUGGUCCUAGGCCGAAAGCACAUGUUAAGACAGAGUUUCCAGUGGAGAAAGGAUGAGAUGGCAGAGGUGCAAAAGCAAGCCAGCUGUUUUUUUGCUGAUAACAUCUCGAAGGAUGAUCCAUUCCUUCUGUAUGCCACACUGCACUCCGGGAAUCACUGCAGGUUUAUCACAAAAGACCUGAUGCGGGACCACAAGGCCUGUCUGCCUGAUACCAAGACCCAACGCUUGUUUUUUAAGUGGCAGCAGGGACAUCAGCUGGCAAUUAUAAAUGGGUUUCCAGGAUCAAAACUGACCUUUCAGCAUAUUCUCAGCUAUGACACAGUGGUGCAAACAACUGGAGACUCGUGGCACAUACCAUAUGAUGAAGACGUGGUAGAAAGAUAUUCCUAUGAAGUACCAACCAAAUGGCUUUGCCUCCACCAAAAGACAUAGAGACUCUUACCUCUAUGCUAAGUUUGUGUUUGGGUACCCCCUGGGUUGGCAUCAGAGGCUCUUGAAUUGGUGUUUGUUUAGAGCAUUGCCUCUAUCCUGAGGAUAAAAUGAUUCUAUUAACAGUGUUGACGUUGAUUUUUUAAUGAAAUGAGAUAAAAUAUCUUUUCAUAACCAGCUGCAUUUUUUUUCCCUAACAUUUGUUUUUGGAGGCUUAUCAAGAGUUGGAGAACUCAGUGUAGAGCAAAACCUACAUUUCUCCUACUGGGCCAGCUAUUCCACUUAGCUUGGGUGACAAGUAGUGCUUUUGUUAUCCAUUUUUUGCUACUUCUGACCUUGCCUUCCAGGCCUACCAAUAGCAGAACCAAUCCAUCUGUCCCUGAGAAACUCAUGUUGUUUCAAAUCCCUUCUCCCUCUUCUGACAUAGUCUCAUUCUCUAUAUGUUAUGCCCUAUCCACAUGGAAUCAUUUAUCGUCCUCUGUAAGAAACUGGCCAAGAUACUAA